AUGUCGUAUCCGCCGACACGGCGGCAGUUGGUGGUGUCUGUUGGUUUUUUUGCGGCGGGUGUUUCUCUAUUCGUUGCCGGAGCGUAUCUAUCACUCGAUAAUAUCGGACCGCAACAAGCUCGAGUCAAGGCUCGGAACGAUUUCGUCAAGGAUCGGAUCAGGAAAUGGCUCGACGAUUAG